AUGGUCUAUGCCACAGGGCCAAUCUCUGGAGGCAAUCUCAACCCCGCAGUCUCCUUAGCCUUGGCGAUCUCUGGCAAACUGCCAUGGCUUCAAAUGCUCAAGUACUGGGCCGUGCAACUGCUGGGCGGCUUCCUGGGGGCCACAGCCGCGCGGUACAUCUGCGCUCCGAACUACGUCCUGGUGGCGCCCCUCCGGCCCUUCGGAGCAGGCUUUUGUUUCACAGCAGAACUUCUCUACACCUUCAUGCUUUGUUUUGUGGUCCUGAACUGCACUGCCUCGCGACGCAACAACCCCAAAGAUGACCCCAACCAGUUCGGCGGCUUGGCCAUCGGCUUCGUCCUCGUCGCCGGCGGCCACGCGGUGGGCGGCGUCUCGGGGGCCGCGCUGAACCCGGCCUUGGCCUUGAGCGUGGGGACGUGGAAGGAGAUGCACUGGUGUUGGCUUUGGUGCGUGGCCGAACUGCUGGGCGCCACGGCCGCUGCCGGCGCCUUCCGCGCCUUGCGCCCGGAGGAGUUCGCCGAGGACGCCACUGAUGAGGGCUUGCAGACUCACGAGCCAGGCCUUUGGGUGUCGUCGGCCGCCGAGAUGUUGGGCACCUUCAUGCUGGUCUUCACUGUUGGCAUGAACUUGGUUUGCAAGUCGCCCUCCAUGGCCUUCUCUGCGGCAGCUGCGUUGAUGUGUAUGAUCUACUCGGUGGGAAACAUCUCCGGAGCACACCUGAACCCAGCUGUGACUUUGGCAGUGCUUUUGCGGGGCAAGUGCGGCCGCCGCCAAGCGCUUUGCUACGCCGUGGCGCAGCUGCUAGGUGGACUGCUGGCGGGCUUGGGCGUGGCAGCCUUCCACGGAGUCUCCUUCACGGCGCGGAAGUCCAUUCAGCUUACCAUGGGCAAGCACUACAGCAUUUGGCAGGCCUCCUUUGCAGAGCUCUUCUUCACCACCAUCCUGGCUUACGUGGCGUUGGCAGUCGCCACCAGGGAUGUCCCCGCCGAGUCGAAGACCAAGCAGAACUUCUACUUCGGCCUGGCCAUUGGAUCUUGCUUGACUGUUGGUGGUUGUGCUGCUGGAUCCAUCUCAGGUGGCGAGCUGAACCCAGCCGUGUCCCUGGGCAUCUACAUCGCCAAUGUGGUGAGCCCUGGACACUUGGGCGUCGGACCCUUUAUGAACCUGCUUUGCUUUGGCCUCUUUGAGCUCUUGGGCGGCGCCCUGGCCGCUGGUCUCUUCCACCUCACGACUGUGACGGCAGCUGAGACUGAGGGGAAGGCAGAGGCCAAGGGCGAGAAGCUUGACGCCGCGAUCGAAGCGUAG